CCAACCCCAGGGAGGUGGUGGAAGGGGGGCACCCCACAUGACCAAUGCCGAAAUAGGGAAGGAAGAGGAAUGUAUGAUGGGACUAGGAGUUUGAGUGAGAGAUAUAAGGAAGGAAGGGCAGUAAGCAGGCACAGACGCUGGUGGCCACCAGAAGUUUGAGCCUCUUUGGCAGCAGGAGGCUGGAAGAAAGGACAAAAGUGGCUCUGGCUGUGAUGGGGAUCUUACUGGGCCUGCUACUCCUUGGGCACCUAACAGUGAACACUUAUGGCCGUCCCAUCCUGGAAGUGCCAGAGAACAUAACAGGACCUUGGAAAGGGGAUGUGACUAUUCCUUGCACCUAUGGCCCUCUCCAAGGCUACACUCAAGUCUUGGUGAAGUGGCUGGUACAUCGUGGCUCACACCCUGUCACCAUCUUCCUACGUGACUCUUCUGGAGACCAUAUCCAGCAGGCAAAGUACCAGGGCCGCCUACAUGUGAGCCACAAGGUUCCGGGAGAUGUAUCCCUCCAACUGAGUACCCUGGAGAUGGAUGACCGGAGUCACUACACGUGUGAAGUCACCUGGCAGACCCCUGAUGGCAACCAAGUGGUGAGAGAUAAGAUUACUGAGCUCCGUGUCCAGAAACUCUCUGUCUCCAAGCCCACAGUGACAACUGGCAGCGGUUAUGGCUUCAUGGUGCCCCAGGGAAUGAGGAUUAGCCUUCAAUGCCAGGCUCGGGGUUCUCCUCCCAUCAGUUAUAUUUGGUAUAAGGAACAGACUAAUAACCAGGAGCCUAUCAAAGUAGGAAACUUAAGUACCUUACUCUUCAAGCCUGCAUUGGUAACCGACUCUGGCUCCUAUUUCUGUACUGCCAAGGGCAAGGUUGGCUCUGAGCAGCACAGCGACAUUGUGAAGUUUGUGGUCAAAGACUCUUCAAAGCUAUUCAAGACCAGUACUGAGGCACCUACAACCAUGAGAUACCCCUUGAAAGCAACAUCUACAGUGAAGCAACCCUGGGACUGGACCACUGACAUGGAUGGCUACCUUAGAGAGACCAAGCCUGGGCCAGGAAAGAGCAUGCCUAUCUUUGCCAUCAUCCUCAUCAUCUCCUUGUGCUGUAUGGUGGUUUUUACCAUGGCCUAUAUCAUGCUCUGCCGGAAGACGUCCCAACAAGAGCAUGUCUGUGAAGCACCCAGGGUGCAUGCCAGGGAGGCCAACGACUCUGGAGAAACCAUGAGGGUGGCCAUCUUCUCAAGUGGCUGCUCCAGUGAUGAGCCAACUUCCCAGAAUCUGAGCAACAACUACUCCGAUCAGCCCUGCAUAGGCCAGGAGUACCAGAUCAUCACCCAGAUCAAUGGUGACUACACCCGGCUGCUGCACACAGCUGCACGCGUUCCUCUGUAUUAUGAGUUUCUGGCCACUGAGGCAAGAGUGUCUGUUUAAAAUGCCCCACUAGGCCAGGAUCUGCUGACAUAAUUGCCUGUACAGUCCUAGCCUUCUGCAUAGCCACCUUCCCUGCUACCUAUCUUCAUGAAUAGCCUCAAAUUUCUGCCCUGCCAAUAAUGGGCCCCCUGGGAGUCACUGGCUUUGCUUUAGAAUUUGUCAGAUGCAUUUCAAGUAAGUCAACUGCUGGAUUUGGCCCUGGGCCCUUCUAGUAUCUCUGCCUGGGAUUUCUGGUACUCCUCUCUAAACACCAGAGGGAAGAUACCCAUAGCACUAGGACUUUAUCAUCAUGCCUACAGGCACCAUUCAACUUUGGCAUCUUGCCACCAGAAGACGAACGGGAGACUCAGCUCUGCCAGCUCAGAGGACCAGCUGCAUCCAGGAUCAUUUCUCCUCCUUCAGGGCCAGACAUCUUUUAAUUGAGAUUGUCAUAUCACAGACCAGGGUUCAGCUCUGCUCCUGCACUGAAAGUCUAAUGUUCUGCCUCUUAAUGCUCAAUAAAUAUCUAAUCAUAACAGCAA